AUGGGGGCACCUGCAACCUCCGAUAUCAUGAUUAUCGGAGGCAAUUCACAUCCUGAAUUAGCUAACUUAGUUGCCAAGCGUCUGGGUGUUAAAAAUGGGGGCUGCUCAGUCUACCACAAAACAAACCGUGAAACCAUGGUUGAAAUUGGGGAUUCUGUUCGUGGAAAAGAUAUUUAUAUUAUACAAACAGGAACAAAAGAUGUGAAUAAUAACAUUAUGGAACUUUUGAUCAUGGCCUAUGCUUGCAAAACGUCAUCUGCAAAAUCGAUUGUUGGUGUUAUUCCUUAUUUGCCUUACAGUAAACAGUGCAAAAUGCGUAAACGUGGUUGCAUUGUCAGUAAACUACUAGCUAAGAUGAUGUGUAAAUCAGGUCUUAGCCAUAUCAUCACAAUGGAUUUACACCAGAAAGAAAUACAAGGAUUCUUUGAUUGUCCUGUUGAUAAUUUAAGGGCAUCACCGUUCUUACUUCAGUACAUCCAAGAAUGUAUUCCAGAUUAUAGAAAUUCAGUUAUAGUAGCCCGCAAUCCUGGUUCUGCUAAAAAAGCUACAUCAUAUGCUGAACGUUUGCGUUUGGGCAUUGCUGUUAUUCAUGGUGAACAGAAGGAAUCGGAGAGUGAUGAGGUUGAUGGUAGAUACUCACCGCCUACAGUGCCUAGUCACAAUGCAUCAUCGAGGAUUCGUACAAUAUCUCAAUCCAGGUCUCGCACAAUGGACGUUUCUGGAGGCGUUCCUGUACAUCCUGCCAAGGAGAAGCCCCCGAUAAAUGUCGUUGGGGAUGUUGGAGGAAGGAUCGCUAUAAUGGUGGAUGAUUUAAUCGAUGAUGUCCAAUCCUUUGUGGCUGCAGCCGAAGUCCUGAAAGAACGUGGAGCCUACAAAAUCUACGUCAUGGCCACUCAUGGUCUUCUCAGUUCAGAUGCACCACGUUUAAUCGAAGACUCACCAAUCGAUGAGGUUGUGGUGACAAACACAGUUCCCCACGAGAUUCAAAAAAUGCAGUGCCACAAAAUCAAAACCGUGGACAUCUCUAUAAUGUUAUCAGAAGCUAUUCGACGUAUUCAUAACAAGGAAUCGAUGUCGUACCUUUUCAAAAAUGUGACCCUGGAGGAUUAAUAAUAAUAUAA